AUGACAUCCCCCGAGUAUAGCAGCCACUUCUCUAUCGCCAAUAUCCCAUUUGGGGUGGCAUCCUCUAAGAAUCAUCCCCAGCCACAAUGCGUAACUAGGUUGGAGAAUACUGUCAUCUUCCUUUCUGUGCUACAACGAGCUGGUGCUUUUUCUCAAAUCUCCAGCCUUCCUCAGGGUGUCUUCGACAAGCCAUCACUCAACGACUAUGCUGCACUGGAAAAGUCCACCCUGCGCGAAGUACGUAAAGUACUUGAAGUCGUGUUGACAGAGGCACUUCCAGCGGAUAGCACCGAGGAAAUUGGUGCCGUUACUCUUCAUCUUCCCGUUACUAUCGGUGGCUUUACCGACUUCUCAUGCAGCCUAAACCACAUGAAGAAUGGCCGUCGAGCUAUUCUCGGUGAUGACACUCCACCGCCUGGGUUCUUUCACUUCCCAAUCGCGUACAAUGGACGUGCCAGUACGAUAUUCCCCUCUGGCACUCCGAUUACUCGGCCCCAUGGCCAUUUCUACGAUCGUACAGUGUCAUCAGAGCAGAAACCUGUUAUCUACGCCCCGUCACGGACAAUGGAUUGGGAGCUGGAGAUGGGUGUGAUUAUCGGCAAAGGAGUGCCCCAAUUGCAGGGAUUGAAUGCGAAAGAUGCUGAUGAACAUAUUUUUGGCAUGGUUAUUCUGAAUGACUGGAGCUCGCGUGAUAUUCAGGGUCUUGAAAUGGUUCCUCUUGGCCCGUUGAACUCGAAAGCUUUUGGUACAAGUAUAUCUCCAUGGGUGAUCACCCUAGAGGCUCUGCAGUCGUUCAAAGUACCGGGUACUAAGCAUGAGAUUCCCAUCGCCAGUCACCUUGAGGAUGAGACUGAGUCUUGCUAUGCAAUAAAUCUGCAGGUAGAGUGGAUUGUCGAUGGCAAGGCAACUGUUGUGAGUCAGUCGAAGGCACAGGAUUUGCAUUGGAAUGGACGUCAAAUGUGUGCACAUCUUGCAAGCACUGGAGCCGAUCUGCGGACUGGGGAUAUCCUAGGCACUGGAACAGUCAGCGGUAUGACUGAUGGGAGUCUAGGCUGUCUACUGGAAAUCACCAAGGCUGGAACGGAGCCUGUGGCCUUAAGCGAUGGUUCGGAACGGCGCUUCUUGCAAGAUGGAGAUGUGGUUCGUAUGACAGGUGUUGUCGGGGAGCCUGGCUCUGGUGUCGGAUUUGGGGAGUGUGUGGGCGAGCUCCUACCAGCACGACGUGUGUAG